AUGAUGGAUCCUGAGAUGAUUAGGCUCGCUCAAGAUCAGAUGAGCCGUAUGUCGCCUGCUGAUUUCGCUAGGAUCCAGCAACAGAUGAUGUCGAAUCCGGAUUUGAUGAAAAUGGCGACUGAGAGUAUGAAGAACAUGAAGCCUGAAGAUUUGAAACAAGCUGCUGAACAGCUCAAGCAUACAAGGCCUGAGGAUAUGGCUGAGAUUGGCGAGAAGAUGGCAAAAGCUUCCCCUGAAGAUAUAGCAGCUAUGCGUGCCCAUGCGGAUGCUCAGUUCACUUAUCAAAUCAAUGCAGCUCAGAUGCUAAAAAAACAGGGAAAUGAGCUUCAUAGCCGAGGAAAUUUCAGUGAUGCUGCAGAGAAAUAUUUGCGUGCAAAGAACAAUCUGAAGGACAUUCCAUCUUCUAAAGGUGGAGCACUUUUGUUAGCUUGCUCUCUCAAUUUAAUGUCAUGCUAUUUGAAGACAAAUCAGCACGAUGAAUGCAUAAAGGAAGGUUCUGAGGUUUUGUCAUAUGAUGCAAGUAAUGUCAAAGCCUUAUACAGAAGGGGUCAAGCUUACAGAGAUCUGGGCCUGUUUGAAGAUGCCGUCUCCGAUUUAAGCAAGGCCCUUGAAGUUUCCCCUGAAGAUGAGACAAUUGCUGAUGUGCUAAGAGAUGCUAAAGAAAGAUUGGCUGUUGAGGGACCUGGCAAGGCAUCAAGAGGUGUGGUGAUUGAAGACAUAACUGAAGAAAAUACUGUUACGUCUGGAGAAAAUAAAAAACCGUCCAAAGAGGUUACUGGGACACAACGAGAAAGCAACGGCGAUGGUCAUGUUCAGGGCGUAAAGACUGAUGUUGAUGGAUUGCAGGCUCUUAGAGAUGACCCAGAAGCAAUCAGAACUUUCCAGAACUUCAUUUCAAGAACUGAUCCUGAUACACUUGCUGCUCUGAGCGGAGGCAAAGCUGGAGAAAUGUCACCAGACAUGUUCAAAACUGCUUCGAGCAUGAUAAGCAAAAUGUCACCUGAAGAGAUUCAAAAAAUGGUCCAAACAGCCUCUUCGUUUAAAGGAGACAACCCUUUCACUUCGACUGCACCAUCUGCAGAAAACGGGUUUGCACCCACACCUGACAUGCUUAAACUCGCAUCUGAUAUGAUGAGUAAGAUGUCACCAGAAGAGCGUGAGAGUAUGUUUAACAUGGCAUCGUCUUUGAAAGCAAGCGCUCCAGUUUCAACAUCAUACAGCAAUGCAGAAGCAUCUGUACCACGGGAAAGUUUAGGAACGAGCGGGAUUAGUAGUUUUGCAGGUGAGUCAAGUUCUUCGGGUAAUUCCUUCAUGGCUCAAAGAAGCGGUUUCGAACCAAGCAUUCCUUCUGCUGCGCCUGCUGACUUGCAGGAACAGAUGAGAAACCAAAUGAAAGAUCCAGCGAUGCGACAGAUGUUCACGUCGAUGAUUAAGAACAUGAAUCCGGAAAUGAUGGCUAGCAUGAGCGAACAAUUCGGGAUGAAGCUUUCUCAAGAAGAUGCUGCAAAAGCUCAGCAAGCCAUGGCUUCUCUUUCUCCUGAGGACUUGGAGAAAAUGAUGCGAUGGGCGGAUCGGGCACAAACAGGGAUAGAGAAAGCGAAGAAAGCAAAGAAGUGGUUGCUCGGGAAAGGCGGAUUGAUCUUGGCAAUAGUCAUGCUGGUUUUAGCAAUGGUCCUUCAUCGUCUCGGCUAUAUUGGAGGCUAA